AUGAAAAUACAGUCAUUUUCUUCACUGAACAAAAAUUAUGUGGAUAGUAUUGAGUCAGGGGAAUUCGAAGCAGGAGGACACAAAUGGAAACUGAGGUUGUAUCCAAAUGGAAACUUGAAGAAGAAUGUGGUGGACCACAUCUCUCUCUACCUUUUUCAGAUUGUUUUGCUUGAUCAAAAUAACGGCACGUACUUGGUUCUUGAAGAUGCCAAUAAAAAAGUAGAGUGUUUUCAUGGGAAGAUGCCUUGUUCGGAUUUCGAUCAAUUUAUCCCUCUAGAAUCAUUUGUGGAGGCUUCCAACGGAUAUCUCAUUGAUGACACCUGCGUGUUUGGAGCUGAGGUCUUUGCUUCUGAAGGAAGAAUUAUAGGCACAGGAGAGUGUAUAUCAAUGAUCAAUAAUCCCGUUAUGUACAAGCAUGUUCGGAAGGUUGACAACUUUUCAAAGUUCUAUGACUCAGAACCAUUUAUUGCUGGAGGCCACAACGGAUAA